AAGGACAUGACUGUCAUGCCGCCUGUGCGCCUGCGGGCUGCGGCCAAGAAGCCCAUGUGGAUCAUCCUUCUCCUCUGCCUGGUCUCUGUUGUAUUGAUCGGGGCGUAUAUCUACCCGACGCACCACUACUCUCAGAGCUACCGCUUCUCUUCUAGUGUGUGCACACCUUCCAAGGACUGGCACCCUUCUUACGGCCGUGGGGGGAAAACUGAUGAGGAGAUCAUGUCCGCCGCUGUUAUCAGGGAUAUCCUUGCAAUGCCCACGUGCGUGUCGAAGAAUCCAAAGAUCGCGCUCAUGUUCUUGACGCCCGAUUCAUUGCCCUUGGAGAAAUUGUGGGAGAAGUUUUUGCAGGGUCACGAGGGGCGAUACUCCAUCUAUGUGCACGCGUCGGGUCAGAAGCCUGUGCAUUCCAGUUCUCUCUUUGUUGGCCGAGAUAUUCAUAGUGAUGCGGUUGAAUGGGGAACGAUUUCAAUGAUAGAUGCAGAGAAGAGGCUAUUAGCAAAUGCACUGGAAGACCCUGAUAAUCAAUUUUUUGUCCUUCUUUCUGAUAGCUGUGUUCCGCUGUAUUCAUUUGACUAUGUAUUUAAUUACCUGAUGGGAACAAGCAUUAGUUUUGUUGAUUGCUUCCAGGAUCCUGGUCCUCAUGGAAAUGGAAGGUAUUUUCUUGAGAUGCUUCCUGAAAUAGAGGAGAGGGACUUCAGAAAGGGUGCUCAGUGGUUUGCAAUCACGAGGAAACAUGCUUUAAUGAUUCUGGCCGACAAUCUUUACUACAAGAAGUUCAAGCUAUAUUGCAAGCCAGCCGAUGGGCGCAACUGUAUUGCUGACGAGCAUUAUUUGCCAACCUUAUUCAAUAUGGUAGAUCCAGGUGGAAUAGCUAAUUGGUCAGUUACACAUGUGGAUUGGUCUGAGGCGAAAUGGCAUCCAAAGUCAUAUGCAGCUUCUGAUGUCAGCUAUGAUCUCUUAAAGAAUAUAACAUCUGUUGAUGAGAGCUUCCAUGUAACAAGUGAUGACAAGAAACUUAUGACACAGCAGCCUUGUUUGUGGAACGGAUCAAAGAGUCCAUGCUACCUUUUUGCUAGAAAAUUUGACCCUGAAACUCUCGACAGCUUACUGAAGAUAUUCAGCAAUUAUAAGUCUGUUUGACUUCAACCUGAUUCUUUGCCCUCAACACAUGGU